CAGGGCCGGGCAGCCCCGGACAGUCGGCGGGCGGCGCCGGGGGGGGCCGGGCUGGGGGGCCCCUUUAAAUGCGCGCGGUGACGUCACACAGCCGCGCGCUCCCCUGGGAGCACAACAAGAGCCACGCUCGCGGCCGCGGGGCGGGGCUGGGCGGUCUCCGCCAAUGAGCGCUCGCCCCGCGCGCCGGCCCCGCCCCGCAGUGCGCGCAGCGGCCCCGCAGCCCAGCCCGACCCGGCCCGGCCCCAGGAUGCGGGAGGCGCCCGCGCUGCCCCGCGGCCCCGCCGCGCCCGGCCCCGGCUCCGGCCCUGGCCCCGGCCCCGGCUCCGCGCCCGUCCCCGGCUUUCUCGCCAAGCUCUGGGCGCUGCUGGAGGACCCGGACAGCGACGACGUCAUCUGCUGGAGCAGGAAUGGCGAGAAUUUCUGCAUUCUGGAUGAGCAGAGGUUUGCCAAGGAGCUGCUCCCUAAGUACUUCAAACACAACAAUAUCUCCAGCUUCAUACGGCAGCUCAACAUGUAUGGUUUCAGGAAGGUGAUUGCUCUGGAGAAUGGUAUCAUUACAGCAGAGAAGAGCUCAGUCAUUGAAUUCCAGCACCCUUUCUUCAAGCAAGGGAAGGCACAUUUACUGGAAAACAUCAAGCGCAAGGUGUCUGCAGUGAGAACCGAGGAUCUCAAGGUCUGCACGGAGGAUUUGCACAAAGUCCUGUCCGAGGUGCAGGAGAUGAGAGAGCAGCAGAACAACAUGGAUGUCAGGCUGGCUAAUAUGAAGAGAGAAAAUAAGGCCCUGUGGAAAGAAGUGGCAGUUCUAAGGCAGAAGCACAGUCAACAACAGAAGCUGCUGUCUAAGAUUCUUCAAUUUAUACUAAGUUUGAUGCGAGGAAAUUACAUUGUUGGGGUCAAAAGAAAAAGGUCUCUCACAGACGCUGCAGGUGCUUCACCCUCCAAGUACAGCCGUCAGUAUGUCCGCAUACCUGUGGAGAGUGGCCAAGCUAUGGCUUUUUCUGAACAUAGUGCAGAUGAAGAGGAUGGAAAUGGCACAGGUCUCAUCAUCCGAGAUAUCACUGACACCCUGGAAAAUGCCACUGAUGGCCUCCUGGCCGUGGCACACACGAGUGGCAGAGCCAGAGAGCCACAGGCAGCUGUGGAUCCCGGCUUACCUCUUUGUCAAGUAUCACAGCCAAGUGAGUUAAAUUGUGCAGAACCUGUCCCACCAGUUCCUGUAAAUGAUGUCAGCAAAUCCAGUGAAAUAGGCAGUGCUGCUGUGGAACUCCAUACUGCACAACCAAAUGCUCCAGAGGACCCGGUGUCAGUGAUUGACUCCAUCUUGAAUGAGAACAACUCUGGAAAUCAAAAUGAUCCUUUGCUGGACAGAGAAGAAAUUCAGGAUUUUCUGAACUGCAUUGAUGCCAGCCUUGAAGAGCUCCAAGCAAUGCUGUCAGGGAAGCAGUACAACUUCGGUGCCGAAGCAUUCAGCGAUACAUUUAAUCCCGAGCUGCCAGCCCUGGAUAUGAACUUGAUGGAAACACCGCCUGGUAUGGAAAAUAUGGAAAACUUGACAGAGAGCACUGAAGGUCUGGGAGUGAGUGAGAGGGAAACAGCAGGAAGCAAAGAUAUGCAGCUGAUCCAGUACAGGGCCAACCCUCUGCUUUCCUUAUUUGAAGAACAACCCUCAGGUGAAGUUGCAGGAAAGAUGGAGGAUCCAAAAGACUUUCUGCUGCCUCCCCUGGAGGAGAAACCUGCUCUCCAGUCUCCAUCAGGCAGUGGAACCAUUGUGCCACUCACAGCUCCAGCAAGCCAGGCUGAGUCUCUGGACACCCUGGGAAUGGGUGAUCCACCUCUCCUCCCAGAGGAUGGGAAUGGAGAGUAUAAACUGUUUCCACUCCUGCUCCUUAGUCCUGUUGCUAACUUCAUAGAUGAGGCCUCUGAGAUAGAAACUUCUUGAACUCAGAAUAUCUGUAACUGGCUUAGUGCUGUGGAAUAGCCACCACAGGACUGGAGCAGCAAGAAGUGUGAGCUUUGUCCUCACCUGCUUCCUGGAGACCCUGUUCUGCACAGACAAAUGGAAGUUCUCUUGCUCCAAGCAAGGAGCACAUCUGGGAGAACUGAACACAAGCUCAGAACAAAAGCUGGUGGAGCAAAGGCACUAGGCAGAAGGGAAUAACAACCUCCCUGUAAACGUACCGCAGUGUAUUCCAUAACUUUUUAUCCAGUAUCCUUAUUGCAAGAGGAAAUCUGUUUGUAUCCUGUUUGUAAAGUUUGGCUGGGUUUUUUUUGUUGGGGGGGAUACUGUUUGUUUUUGUUAGCUGGAUAGUAAUGUGGUGUGUAAUAUUUUAAACCUGGGUUUACUCUUUGGAGAACCUGCUUCAAUAGGUGGCUUGUCUACUGUUUGGAAUUAAGUUGGUUUUAAAUUUCAUUUUUAAUUUGAGAUUUCUUUUUUUGAUGGUUUGUGGCUACAAUUGUUUGCAUCUGCUUAGAUAUCUUUCGUACUCCUAGAUCUGCUCCUAGGUAUAGGGAACAUUUUUCCUAUGGAAAAUGACAUUUUAACUGUGGAGUAUUACUUUUAACAUGCUAGCACACAUCCGUUGCCCCAGACUGUAGGAGUUGUGGUAGGAAGUGCUUGCCCCCUGCAUAGCUGAUUUCUCAUGCACAUUGCAUGGCAGUUCUGGGGUAACCUGCCCCCAGCUCACAGGUCAUGUGUCCUUGGAGAUGGUCAGUAGGACUGAUUCAUGUCUAGGAAAGGCCAGCAGCUGCCCCUAAAAUGAGAAGGGGAGCCCUGGGGCUUUGUGCUGUGGUUUCUGCCUGUGGAAUCUUAAAGCCAAAUUAACCAGAUGCAUCUGAGUCCUUUGACAGCGAAUUACAAAAUGUAGUGUCUGCUUCAUCAAAACGUCUCUCCCCAGAAUUUCUUUCUGCACUGUUUUCCCAAGUUCUGUGAGCAGCUGCACUGUGGAGCCCAGCCCUGCUGUUCCCCUGUGCUGGUACUGAGUGUGUCGCAGUUACACGAGCCCACACAAACCUGCUGUGUGCUGAAGCAACACAGAACUGCUGGGGCUGCAAGAGGCCUGGAUGCAGGUAGAAACCCCCUUGAAUAAUGUCACCUGAUAUUUCCUACCAGCACAAUUACUUGAAAUUUUUUUCCAGUUUGGGGAAUUCAGGCUACCUACAGGCUUUGUUCUCUCUGAAGUUCCUGAACUAAUAAGUAUUGAGCUCUUUUAUAUUCAAGAAUACAAAGUAAUUAGACAUCCUGAAGCCUGCUAGAUAAUAAUGCAUGUUACCUGUGCUGGCCUGACUUCGUUGGAUUUGUGCUUCACUGUCAAAUCUAUGAGCUGCAGAGGAAGGUCCUGCUCCUGAAUGUGUGUGUCUGUGUAACGCCUUCAGUGUCAUUUAUUCCCGUGUUUUUACCUGUUCUUACCUCGUUACCCUUCGUGUUUCCAUCUUUUGAAUUGCCUUUUGUCAAGUUUGUAUUAUUCGAGCCUUUCACAGUCUUUCACUGACUUGAGGCCAAGGGCUGAAUAGUCUCAAGUUUUCGUGAGCUGAAGGGAGUGGGGGGUGGUGAGCAAGUUACAUCUGUCCCGGGUCUGGUUUGGUUUGUUGAUUCCUCUCCAAAGGCCACAAUUUUGCCAAGAGUGAAACAGUAAAUAUCAGACCUUUCUGGUGUGCUGUUUGACAACACCAUGCAGACAGCAGAGUUCUCUGGGAGGCUGCUCUGUGCCUCUCACUUCCUGCCCAAGUUGGAUGGUAGUUCCUGUAAAGGGUUGGUGUCAUGUUCUUCCGUCAUGGAGUCCUCUCCCCUGAGUGCAUCUCACCCUCGGGGGUUGGGUCUGAGUGCAUCAUGGGUUCUUACUACACUUUCUCUCCCAAGAAGUUAAGAAACCAAGGCUUAUGAAAACUGUAAAAAAAAAAAAAAGCUUGUGCAUCUGUGUAUCUGGUUUAUGUACCGGUCUGGGAAAAGUGUUUAUUUAUGCAAGUUUCCUACAAAAGAUUGCAGUGGAAAGGAGAAGGCUGAAUACCAAGAAAAACCCACAUGCUGAAGUAAUUAAAUGCAAGAAUUGCAAAACCAUUA